GUAACCUUUUCUAGGCGCUAGAGUAAUGAAGACUUACAAAAUCCAGAAUAUGUAGAGAUUUACCAUUUACUCUAUAAACAUUUGCUCUGUAUGAAAUUGUGACAAGUUAAAAAAGUUUGUUUACUAAUAUUUUCAGAACAUGAAUAGAAAAUUAAAUAGUUUUUUAUAUGUGAAAUAUGUGUGAUUUACUCGUGUGUCGCGUUUGUCUCGCUACUGAUGACGUUAAAUUGUACAAUAUAUACAAGUUUAAUUUAAUCGAAGCUUAUAAAAAUGUAAUUGGUGAUCAGAUAUCUAAAACAAAGGAUGGAUUGCCAGAGUUUAUAUGCAGUUACUGUAGCUCAUUGUUGCUCAAAUUUGUGGCCUUCAAGGAAAAAUGCUGUGAUACGAGAUCAAUACUUAUGUAUGCAGCAGAAAGACAGCUGACAACAAACGAUAUAGGAACCAUCAACCAACAAUACAAGCUUCCAUACUCAACGUCGACCAACUACCCAACAGUUAACAUCGAAUACUCAGAACGGAUCAUUAAAGAAGAGAUAAUCGUAGAAUCACAGCUAGAAGUUACCGAUGUCGAGAGGAAGAAGAAGAAAAAGAAAUCCAGAAAAGACUCACCCAUCAAGUUAGAAGACGACGGGUUCAAUGACAGCAAUGAGGUCAACGAUCAUUAUGAACUCAAUGACAGUGACAAUAAUGACGAUUCUGAGUUCAAGGACAUAGAAGUCCAUAUUCUGAGUAAAGAAGAGCAGUUACAGGAGAUUGAAGGCAGGAAGACGUCCUCGAAUUACUUAAACUCCUUCUAUAAGUGCGGCUUUUGUUACAAAGGUUUUAUUAUGGCGUCGACUUUCAAGAAUCAUAUGGUUAAGCAUGAACCGGAAAGAGGCGACUACGUUUGUGAAAUAUGCAAGUCUCGUUGGCCGGAGGCUCGUUCGCUGCGUGCGCACGUUCUCAACACGCACGAAAAGAAAUACGUGUGCAAGUUGUGCGAAUACGUGUCCAGGAAUAUACACAGAGCAAAGGAACAUCUGAAGUGGCACAAAGGAUUCAUGUUCGAGUGUAAGAUAUGCGGUGCUCUGUUCGCGAAAUCAACGAGUCAUCUGACCCACAUCCGCCUCCAGCAUCCGUCUAAAAACGCUUGCGAGCUUUGCGGAGAGUCGUUUAUUGGUGAACAUGGGUUAAAAAUGCAUAAAAAGAAGGUUCACAACACGGAAACUUUUACCGCCCAAUGCGAGCACUGCAGCACCAAGUUCCAGUCGAUCAAAGCGCUGAAGAGACAUUUCAAGUUGUCCAACAAUGAAAUAUGCGAUGGUACUCUCCGGUCUUGUCGUUACUGCGGCGAAGGAUAUGAAACCGAAGAUCAGUUGAAACAGCAUCUUAAGGAUAAUCAUGAGGAUGAGAGCCUAUACUGUGAGGAGUGUGCGCGCAGCUUCAAGAACGCCCGGUCGCUGAGCGUGCACCGCGAGCGCGUCCACCUCGGGGUGAAGCGCGCGCUGCGGCGCCGCCUGCCGCGCCGCCCGCACGACAGCGCCGUCUGCGAGCUCUGCGGCCUCAAGUGCAUGUCGAGAGCAACGCUAAUGUACCAUCAGAGGACACACACGGGAGAAAAGCCGUAUCACUGCACCCAGUGCCCAAAGAAAUUCAGCAUCAUGCAGCUGUUGCAGAUACACAUAAGGACCCAUACGGGGGAGAGACCCUUCAAGUGUCAGAGCUGCCCUAAAGCUUUCAAGCACAAAGCUGCCUUGAACAGACAUGAUCGGGUACACACAGGAGUUAAGCCGUACAGUUGUCCGCAUUGCAACAAAUGUUUCACUCAGUCAAACUCAAUGAAGUAUCAUAUAAAGACUGUACAUUUAAAAAUGCCGGCGCCCUACAGGAACAGACGGAGCAAAAUUGAUGUCCAAUAAAUAAAUUAUGUACUUAUGUA